GCAAGCAACAACAAAUACAUACACACAUGAUCGCCAAAAUAAUGUCAGCGAUCCAGCGAUCCCCCGGCAGCAGAUUAAGAGGAUGAAGAUCUUGCGCGAAAUGAUUUGCUCUAAUGUCAGAUAGUUUGCGUUAUGCAAUGAUCUAGCAACAUUUCAAGUGCCUUAGACUCUACCUUCAAUAACUGGAAUAGCAGCAUGGCCGAGGAAAACCGAAGUUCAUCUCCUUCAGAUGAGGUGUCUUCUUACUGGAAGGCGAUUGUUGAGAUGAUGCGGAUCUUUAUCCAGCAUCCGAAGCGGAUCAAAUCCAAAUUCAGGGUUUCGUUCAACCAGAUCUUUGUGAACCUAGAAGAAAAAUCAAACCUCUUUUGCCCAACACCUUCAUGCAACACUGAAUAUGCAGUCCAAGAUUACCAAAAUUUCUUGGAUACCAUGACCAAUUGUUUUUUGAUCUUACUCACCAAAGACCUGGACUAUACAAAAGUGCCUGAUAUUUCUCAUUUUUAUGAGAAACUUUUAAAGCUUGUCUACUUCAACUGUGGAGAUUUAUUCAAAAGUCUAAUGGACAACCUCAUGUCAACUCUGAUGAUGAUCUUGGAUGUCUACGUCAAUCCAGUUGGCUUCUAUCCACAAAUCACUGUUGGUGCCUUCUGUGCUAAUAGUGCCAGUGAAUUUCCUUCAGACUGCAGAACAGCAGUAAGAAUUGGCAGCCUAGAAAGCGCAAAUCCCAUUGUUUCCUUCCUCACAGAUGUGAUCUUUAGCUCUUAUCAACUGGCUCUUCAAUCCCCUCUCGGAGAACAAACUUGGCGACUUCUUCUCAAAAGACUGGAGGCGUGGAGCAUUUUCAAAUACAGCGAUCUAUUUUCAAAAGAUCUUUUAGCUUCAUUCCCAUUCCAUGAAAACUUAACUUGUAUACCUCUGCUCACCGCAUCUUGCUCUGAAAUAGUUCAGGCAAGCAAGUCAGGCAAGGAUGAUGAUGAUUUAAUGAAACUGCAAAAUCAAGUUGCUCGAAUCUUCUUGAGGCCCAAUUUCCCCAUUCAAGAGCUUGCUAACUUGCCAUUUCCUGGCAAACUGAAAGGCGCUGUUAUGAAGAAUUGCUGUGUGCAACAAAAUACUAAUCAGAGCAGCCUUGUAAAGUUGGUGUGUACUCUCCUGAGUAACCAUGUCAUUGGCUUGAGUGAUCUAGAAAUCAAAUGGCUUGCACACAAGUUCAAUGCAACUUCCAUGGUACCAGGCCUCCUACUUUUGGCAUACAUGGAGGCUGAGCUUAGGAAAGGGUCAUCUAACUUCCAAGCUAACAACUUUGAGCAGUCUCCUGUCAAAUCCAGUGCCAAGAACUUCAAACAUGCUGAAGACUUGAGCAAAGUGUGGCAAAUUCUGCAAAGCAUUUUCUUAAAAAUCUUGGAUAAAAUAGCUCAAAUGGAGGAUCAAGAUCUCACAGACACUUUCAAUGGAAUUGAAAAGCUGCACAUGGUGCUCAAUGGCCUUCAAGUAUCAAUUUGCAGCUUUGAUGAGAAGCAGAAAAGAGUAACUGCCUACGCAUCAUUUUCCUUCUUUCCUUUGCACUUGGGAAAAAUUGUUGCCCAAAUGGGAGUCUUGCCAAGGCACUGCAUUGAAAAUACUGCGCUUGAUAGCAAAACACCACCCAAAGUGACCUCUCAGAGGAUAUUGACUGCUUGGAGCCAGAUUUUGGACAUGCUGAAUGUACUUCGCCAUUUACCGGAGUCGUCAAAACUAGAACCCGCAGAUUUGAGUUCCAUUGAAAUCCUUUGUGGCUUGCCCUGGCUGAGGAAUGAAACAGACCUUAAUGUUACUCAAAACAAACUCGAAUGGUACCAUAUCAUCGCCGAUUCUGUGCAGAAACAAUUGAAAGUUGGCAAAGACAAUGAUUUCAGGCAUGAAUUGCUGGCACUGUUUGUAAAGGUCUUUAACAACACAAAAUUUCGGCCAAGUACCUGGAGAGUGCAGGUGGUUUUAAACAACCUGUCAACUUUGCGUGGAGACCACAUGGUGAUUAUGCUCCAAGCAAUUCCGGUCCUGAUCUCCACUUGCCAAAGGGACGACAUUGAGCCCUUGUAUGCAGCCUUCAAGAAAAUAAAAAGCGUGCAUGAUGUUCGAGUAUCAAGAGCUGCCGCAGGAAUUCUCCCAAGCGUAGUUUGUGCCCUGUCAGGUGGAUGUGAGGUGCAAGAAAGCAUCAUAGAAGGGGAAUUCAUCUCAACAACCAAGAUCUUAGUGAGAAUUUGUUGUCCAGAAUGUACAAAAAGCAUUAUCUCAUCCAGGCCACGAGGGUGGAACUUUCUCAAUGGUAAAUUCACUGAAGAUUGGAAACAGAUGAUUGAACACAAAGAUGAUGACGUUCGGAGAGCACUCUGUUCAGGAUUCCCUCAAAUAGUGCAGCAUUUAGGAAAGACAUUCAGCUUGCAAGACAUAGAAACCUGGCUACAGCUCCUCACAGAUGAUGAUUCUCUUAUUGCCACUGACUUUGCCUUGAAUUUGCCAACAUUGCUGAAUUUGAAGAACAACUCUGUGACCAAAGAGGAAAUUGCCACCAUGAUCAUUACUUCACUGCAUUCUUUGAUUGAAACUACCUGGAAGAAAAAGAAAGACUGGAACACAGUUCUCUGCGCUGUUGAUCCGCUUUUGAGAAUUGAGUUGGAUUCGUUGGUCAAGCCGAUUAUGAUGAUAGUCGUGAAGCUGGUUGCUUUGAGGAAAGAAGAUGUUUGUGGACUAAAUCAAGCUGUGUUACUAGAGUAUGUCAGCAUCAAUCUGGUCAACCCAAUGGUUCUAUUCUUCCAGUCUCAGGAUGAUAUCUGGUCGGUUGUCAUAGACACAUUGGCAGAACAGGAUCCAAGUGAAAGAAGUGCUGUAUACUGCUUCCAACGAAUCAGCAACAUUUUCAACAUCAGACCAGAUGUCUUAAAGAAGCACCUUUUCCAUUUCCUGCAAAUUCUGAUCCCCAGGUGCUUUGUUGACUCAAAUUUCCUGUACAUCUUAACUGAAACUGCUGUGUACCUGAAUGUCUCUCAACAAACAAUGCUCAAAAAGUGGCACACCAUGCUGUACCCCAUGCUUCUGGUCAAACAUCCUGACUGCCUGGACUUUUAUCUCAAACUGGCUGACUGCAACGAUAACAUUGACCGAUAUCUCACCUUGAUAGUGAUUCAGGUUAUCAUCAACUGCUCUUCUAGUUCAAAACAAAUCGUUGACAAGCUGUCUAACAUUUUAAAAGACAGUGAAGAUAAUCCUGGACUGAGUCCUGAAGAAGUUUCACAGCACCUUCAGAACCACAUGCUAGGAAUCCUGGAUACAAUACAGAGCAAUGUGUUGAACAAAUACGCAAGUGCUGACCUGAAAUUGCGGUCUUUGUUGGGCUUUACAAACAUGAUCAGCUUCAUGAGCAAAGAAGCGGUGACCCAAUUUUACAGCAAGAUACUGGAUGUCAUUUGCACCUUCAAAGCCCUUGAAGAGCAGAGUUUGGUGAAGGCUUAUUGCUCGCUCAUCCUGACCUUCUUACACCGAUUGGAGAAUGACAAAAUUGGACCAGUGAUGUUCACAGUGUUGACAAAUGUGACUUUCCUAAACUUGCAGCAGUUCAGAUCUGAAGCCAAGGCGAUUGUUGGCUUCUUUGUCAUCACCAACAAGGAACAGAUAAGACAGAACGCACCAGACCUUUUCAACUUCACUGAACUUCUGGAAGAGCUCAAUUUCAACAGAAUUUUAAAAAGCUGCCAAGAAGCUUUUGAAGCUAUGGACUAUGAGGACAUUCUGGAAGGAAAACUGCUAGCAAUUUCAAAUAAUUAUGUGGAAAGUCGGAUUCUGGCCCUGAAAGUUUUGAAGAAUUUUUUGGUGGAAACUCAGCCUAAAGUGCAGGAAUUCCUCUUCAGCCACAGACGAGAAAGCACAAACUUGAACUCCGUUAUCGGCAAACUGAUCGCUGGAGCCUCAUCAUCAAACUCUGGUCUUAGAGUUCCCAGCAUUGAAUGCCUGAGCGAAUUGGGAGCCAUUGAUCCAAGCCACUGGAUUGUGGCAUUUGGUUUCAAAGACUCUGCCAAUUUUUUCAUUGACUCCUCGUGUGCCAGUUUUGUCUGCAAAGCUCUUGAAACUUUGUUGGAUGGAUUCCAGUCAAGCACGAAGAAAGCAGACAUGGAUGUUAUUGGCUAUGUGUGCCAAGAGUUCAUGAAAGCCAAUGACUUUCAAGAUGAACCAGCAAAGGCUCCUGUGCAGAUAUGGAACCGAUUUUCGGAUCAAACCAAGUCGAUGUUAAUGCCAUUCUUCACAUCCACUUACAUCUGCAAAAAGGCAAUUGAAGCAAGCGAACUUCCUCAUCCUCUUGCCAACUCUCAUUAUGCUGGAACUUUUGAAGAUUGGAUUUUCCACUGGGUCGUGCGAUUGAUAUCCUUCAUCAAGAACAAGUGCAUCCGUGACACCUUUGACGCCCUCAAGUUGGUUUUUCGAAUCGACCUGAAAAACAUUCAUUUCUUUCUGCCUCACAUAUUCACUCAUGCUGUGUGGGCCGCUAGUGCUGAAGAAAUUGAUAUGAUCGUUGAGGAAAUGCUUGCUGCAGCACACAUGCAUGAACCAGUAGGCAAUCUGAAAGAAGAGGAAUCGUUUGAGAUCAUAUUUAGAGCACUUGAGCAAAAUUUUGAUAUGCAGAGUUUUGUGGAACUGGAAUCAGUUGCUUCAAACCUGACUCAAAAUGAGAUGAGCUUGAAGUGUUCAAAAUUGAUAUUCUUUCUGAUCGAUUACAUCAUCCACUGGAAUUUGGAAUUUGAGCAAGCUCCACAAGGUUCAAGCUCUGGAAAGUCACGAUCAUCACGCGCUUCCAAUUGCAGCGAAGCUUCGUUCUUGUCAAAUUCAACUCUUGCCUACAAGUACAGAAUAAACAAAAAGUUCAUCGCUCGGUUCAACAUGAAAGUGUCAGCAGAGCAAAAUCAUGCUUGCAAUGAAAAUUUCCGAGCCUUGCGUCACUUGGACAUGCACUGCUUGAACAGGAGAGAAAACGUGGAAGAUUGCUUGAGUCUCUUUUUGAGAGUCCAUUCUCAGCUACAAAACUCUGACUUUGUGAAUGGAGUUUCCUCCCUCAGGACGGGGGCCACAGCCAAGUCUGAACAACUUCUCCUGAAUGAAAUGAGCGGACAGUUUCAGGAGUCAAUUAUUUGGUACGAAAAGAUGCUGCACAGUCGGCAAGGGGACCCUCAUGAUAUCGUGUGCUACAUGAUCAAGGCUUAUCUCCAGCUUGAGCAGUACCAAUCUGUCCUUGGGAUCUAUCAAAAACAUCACUCUGAAACCAACUGUUCCAAAUUCAAUGGAAGCCUCACUGCAAAUAAGCUAGAGGCACACUGGCGAACUGGAGAGUGGGAAAAACUUCAUCUAACACUUGAAGAUGCUGGGGAGUGUGACUUAACCUGGGCCUUCUACUUUGCUAAAAUACUUGACAGCAUUUUCCAUUGUGCCUUUGGUGAGGCCAAAAGGAACAUUGUUGUCAUGAGAGAUGCGUUAGGCAGCUGGCUGAAUCAGUGUGGAGCAAAUAGCAGUCCAUAUGCUGCCAAUUAUCCUGCAUUUUUAUUGAUGCAUCUGCUGACUGACGUUGAAAUAGUUGUGAAGCUACUUCAUCCAAACGAACAGCUGGGAAGUUUGAGCAGUAUGAACCAAGUGACCAAGAUUAAAGCUGCAUUGGAAAUUAUGGAACUAAGGCAAAAAAGGAUCAGUUUCUCGUGGAAAGGACUCCAGCUGGUUUUGUCUGUGAGACGAACACUGCUGUCUUUACUACAACACACUUUUGCUGGCUUUGCUGAAACUGAUUCUUUUAUCAAAAAGCAAUUAGGUCAACUCUGGAUUGAGAGUGCAAGAGUGUCCAUGAACCACAGACAGUUCCCUCAAGCACUAGGCUACUUAAUCAGCAGUGAGCAGUGUGGACUGAAGGAAACGUUUGUGCUACAAGCUCAGCUAGAAUGGGAAAGAGGAGCAAAGGAGUUGGCCCUGAUUUAUUUGCAAAGGGGAAUCAACAAGCAUUUUCCUGAUAGGAAAAACUUGAGGCCAGGCAUGGAGAGCGACGAACAGCAAGCUAUUUGUGGGAAGGCCAUGCUGCUCAUUGCUGAAUACAGCUACAAGAUGAAAAUUGUUGAUGCUCGUCAAUCAUUAGUCCUGUACAGAGCUGCAGUUAACUGCUAUUCUCAAAGCGAAGAAGCAUGGAUCCACUAUGCGCGGAUGUGGGAUGUAAUCAAGACAAGCAAAGACUUGAUUUCAGGAGAGGAAAAAAGCUUAAAUGCCCUGAAGGAAAUUAUUCGGUGCUACAGCAGUGCGUUGACAUAUGGUGUCAAACAUGUGUACGAAUCGCUGCCGAGAGUGAUCACCAUCUGGGCAAACACUGGUACCAAACUUCAUGAGCUCAUUUCAAAUGGCAAAAAUGACAAACAAACUGCCGCCAGAAAAGCACUAUUGCUGAACGCAUUCAAUGUCUUCCAAGAUCACUUGAGAACUCUGAAAAAGAAACUGCCUCCGUAUGCUUUUUACGUGUGCUUCAAUAGCCUCAGCUCUAGACUGUGCAACCCAUACAAACCAGUAUACACCUUCAUUCAAGAAAUAUUUGUGGGUCUUCUUCAAGCUCACCCAUACCAGAUGCUCUGGAAGCUGAUUCCAAUGAUAAAGGUGUCGCAUACUGUCAGGGUUAACAGAAUCCAGGAGACUUUGCUCAAGUUUGGUGAAAAGAACAACGAAAUGAACAAACUGAUGGACAACUACGUCAAUUUGAACAGCUUUCUAUACGACUUGGGGCAUCUUCAAAUCAAAAGUGCCAGUUCCAGAGCUAGGAUGUCUACCAUUGCACCAAAACUGGUCGAGUUCUUCAGAGCUCCAAAAGGUAUCAAGAUUUUAAUGCCCACAGAUGAAUUGAUGAGUGUUGUGCUUCCUGACGAGUCUGCAGAUUUCAAAAACUACAAUGCGUUCCCAAGAGAACCUGUGUUCAUAACUGGUGUCUUGGAGCCUGUAACGAUCAUUACAUCCUUGCAAAAACCAAAGAAGUUCACAUUUUCUGGCUCUGAUGGUUUGGAAUACUCCUGGCUCCUGAAGAACAAAGAUGAUUUAAGGAUUGAUUCCACUGUGAUGCACUUUAUGCAGGCUUUGAAUGCAUUAUUAGAUCAAUGCACAGAAUGCAAAGAGAGAAGACUAAGCUGCAGGACCUAUAGUGUUGUCCCAUUAGGAGAAGACUGUGGACUCAUUGAAUUUGUGCCCAAUUUGACCACAAUGCGCCAAGUGAUCAUGACUCUCUACCAAGGCAAAGGAGAAAAAUGUGAUGCAAAAGAAGAAUUGAAGAAAAAUGAUACCAUUGAGACAAAGCGGAGGAUUUUUGAAAAUGCGCUCAUCCCAGCUAAUCCUCCUGUCUUGAGUGACUGGUUCCAUUGGAAAUUCCCAGACCAUUCUGCAUGGAACGAAGCCAGGAAAAGAUUUAUUUAUUCCUCAGCUGUGAUGUCAGUGGUUGGGUACAUUCUUGGUCUGGGAGAUAGGCAUGGUGGAAACAUCACAUUGGACAUCGCCACUGGAGAAUCGAUCCAUGUAGAUUACAACUGCAUUUUCAACAAGGGAGAGACGUUACCUUGGCCAGAAAAGGUGCCCUUCCGGUUGACCCACAACAUGAUCAAAGCUAUGGGAAUAUCUGGCAUGGAAGGGCCGUUUCGGAAAGCUGUUGAGCUCACUCUAAGUGUCAUGAGGAACAACGUUUUAACACUUCUCGGCGUUUUGAGGCCUAUCGUGUAUGACGCAACCACUAUUGACAGGAUGAGUGACGCUGAAAACAGUGUCAAGCAAGAAUUCAUGAACAAAUCAGUUAUUGCCUCAUUGAAACGAGUGCACAUGAGACUCGCCGGCAUGCUGAAUGAUAAAGUUGCUGAUGCGUCAGCUGAAAUGAGCCUGUCUCCUGAAGGACACGCUAAAGCAAUCAUUGCUCAGGCAACAGAUGUGAAUAAUUUGUGUCAGAUGUAUCCUGGAUGGGGUGCUUUCCUUUAAGUUUAAUGCCUUAUGUUGAUAAUAGUUUAAUAAAUCAAGCUGAUGCUUUGGUUAUAUUAACCGCAUUUAAUAAUAAA